UGAAGAUGCACCUGAGAAUAGCUAGCUAUUAGCUGUCUAACGCUAGUAGCUACCAAGUUAGCUACACACAUCAUUGUUUCGCAGUACUCCACUUUGGAAUUUGAUAACUCUUCAACGUGGUUUCUUCUACUGAGUACUGUACUCUACUGUAAAAAGACCAUGGCAUGCCAGCAUGUGUCUGCUUGUCCCACCUUGAGAUCAUCAUGGAGAGUGGCUCUUGAUGCUGCUUGUAGAGUCAGCCAGCCAUGGAAGUUGAGUAGGUUGUCCUACUCUGGCUUUGCUCCCAUGGAGCCAGGUCACCAGGACAGACGUAAAGAUGACUCCACCAUCUUGGCUGAACAGACACUGCACACACCUGUCAUGCUUAAAGAAGUGCUCCGAUGUUUAGAUAUUCAACCUGGCCAGGUUGUUCUGGACAUGACCUUUGGAGGUGGAGGUCACACCAAAGCCAUCCUGAGGGCAUCUCCUGAGGUGACAGUAGUGGCCCUAGACCGAGACCCCACAGCAUUCAGCUUAGCUCAACAGCUGGCCAAGGAACACAGUGGCCGGGUGCAUCCGUUACUGGGGCGUUUCAGUGAGCUGGGAGCCCUGCUGUCUAGACUGAGGUUGCAGUCAGGUAGUGUGGAUGCUGUUCUUCUGGAUGCUGGCUGCUCCUCCAUGCAGAUGGACUGUCCCGAGAGAGGCUUCUCCCUCAGUAAGGAUGGCCCUCUGGACAUGAGGAUGGAUGCAGAAAGGUACCCCGACAUGCCCUGCGCCGCUGACGUUGUGAACGCCUUAGAUCAACAGGCUCUUGCGUCCAUCCUCACUGCCUAUGGGGAGGAGAGGCACGCCAGGAAAAUAGCCUCGGCAAUGGUGGAGGCACGCAGUGUCUACCCCAUCACCCGGACACAGCAGCUGGCCAGCGUGGUGGCAGGAUCUUUUGCAGCCAGCGCUCUCUAUGCCCGCAAAGAUCGGCUUCAGCGGCCCUCACACGUUGCCACCAAGACAUUUCAGGCGCUGCGUAUGUUUGUCAAUGAUGAGCUGAAUGAACUGCAUGCUGGACUCUGCACUGCUCAGACAAUGCUUAAACCUGGCGGCCGCCUCUGUGUGCUGACCUUCCAUUCACUAGAGGACCGCUUGGUAAAGCGUUUUCUCCAUGGAGAGGAUGUAGGUGCCCCACCCCGUCGGAGUCUCCGUCAGAGAGUCCAGCGAUGGGAGGAGGAAGAAGAGAAGGAUGGGGAAAAGGACAGUGGUCAUUGGGUUGACCUCCAGAGAGGGGUGCUGAUGCCACAGGCAGAAGAUGUACUGGAGAAUCCACGGGGACGCUCAGCCAAACUCAGGGCAGCAUUCAAACAAUAACCCUCUGGAACUUGGCCUCAACCUGCACCAAUUAAAUCUUCCUUGUUUUUUAACUAGACUACAGAACCACCAGGCUGGUCUUCGUCAGAUACGAGCAUACUGAUCAUAUCCAGGCACAGUCUCACUGGUGUCGGUCGGGUGACAUACAGAACAAGUGCCUUGUUAAUGGUGGAACUCUGAGGCUGACUGGUAUUUAACUGCCAUGCACUAAUAGUCAACAAUCCAUGUAGGCAUGUGCUCUUUAGUUCGUAGUAUACUGUGUGUUGGCACUGAGUAUUUAUUUCAUUUAGUUUAAGUGACUUGUGUACACUACUUGAAGUAUAGGAAACACAAUUGUGCUGAGUUGAAGAUAUCAAAGGUUAAGACAAGGAUUCUAAUAUCCCAUAACUCUUUGCAUAAAUGAGAAAGAAUUAGAAAACAAAGGGGUCAGCUAUGCUAGUUAGCAACGGCGCUGGUCCCAUGAAUCUGUUUAUUUUUCGAAAUAUUCUAAUCUGGGUAUCUUCAACCUUGGCUGAAGCCGGGUUUGUUCAACCUAGGCUGAAGCCGGAGAUAUGGAAGACAAAAAGUCUCUCUCCCACUCACUCACUCAAUUUGUACUGCAUUACUUUAUGGCUGAGCUGACACAGUUGCAUACAGUAACAGUUCUGUCUUGAAUUCUGAGUUUCCUCAGUUCUCCCCGUUGGCUGAACCCAUAAUGUCUUUGCUCUUUUGACUAAUUAAUUAAUCAGAACAAUGUUGCCUCCAACCGACUGAUGAGUAUCCAGAUCAACGGAUGUAGGCACUAACCUCACUCACUGAUGUCUGUAUACUCCAGCAAUGAGAUGACAACUUCCUAGGUAGUUUUGGCCGAAUGUGUACUGCACUGCACUGCACUGCACUGCAUGAAUCAGUAAUGUCUUUAAAUACCAAGUGACUCAAGUGUCACAAGUGGCGGUGAAUGAGCGGAUGACUGUUUCGUUCAUGAGCCUUCUCCUCCAACUGUUAACAGAUGAGGUGUUUUGAUCUGUACUAUUGGACUUUGUCUAUUUGUAAUUGCUCCAUCAAGAGGAUCAACACUUUUCUUCCCCUCUGCCUCGUUCUGUACACUCUAAAUAUACACUUCUUGUUACCUUGGAAACUAAACAGCACAAGUAACAUUUAACUGUGUUUAAAUGCGUUUUCUGUUUUAAUCUUCUGCGAAACAAUGCCGUAUGUAAAAUUUUGACGUCACACAGUCGUCAUGGUUAUUUGAAUUCAAUUUGAAAUAAGAAUGGUAAUCCUGUUUGAUCUGUUCUUUAAUGGAUGGUCCAAGGGUUCUAAGCCCCUUACUCUGUAGACCCCCAUUCCUCCCCUCUAAUCAGGAAUGAUUCAGACGUGGAACACCUGGUGUGUGGAAUCUGAAUUCAAAACUCAAAAUGUGACUCUCUCCCUUUUGAUGACCACUAUAUAACUAUGACUCAUAAUCGUGCAACUGGUGACAAUUCAAACCAUAAAUUCUUCUGUAGAUAUCCGCCAGCACCUGUACACAUCAUCUGCCUUUUCCUUCCUGUACACCCUCUCUGCCACCUGACCAAAUUAAAGCUUUCUUCAGUUCUCCCAAGUUUGUCUAACUUUAACCAAUUUAACAAACGUUGCUUUGUUUCUCCCCACUUCUCGUAACCUGUCAGCUUUUGUCUUUUACUAGUAAGGAAUGACCCCUCAACACGUAGCAAAUUCCACAUUCUUCUUUACACUCAAAUCUAUCAAGUAUUUUGUAUUAACUAAAGCGGUCAAAAAUUGUUGUCAGUUUUCUCUGUUUUACACUGCAUGCUCUUGUUCAUGGAUCCUGAUUUGUUAAUAUUAAGACUUGUAAUGUACAGUUGUGGCCAAAAGUGUUGAAUGACACAAAUAUUAAUUUUCACAAAGUUUGCUGCUUCAGUGUCUUUAGGUAUUUUUGUCAGAUGUUACUAUGG